AUGUUCUCCAAAAAGAUUAUCAUUUGUUUUGUUCUGUUUUCAUACUAUUGCUAUGCCCAUGAACGUUCUUGUCAGCAGUACACUGAAUCUUUUGAUUCUCUUUUCUACAACCGCGUCCUGAUCGGCCAGGUGAUCAAGUCGUUGUUCACUCGUGGUGGAAUUCUCUCCUGUGCUCACAGAUGCUUGUCUCUUCCGUCAUGUUCAACAUACAAUUACCAAAUGUCAGAGUCCGACUAUAGCAAUUGUGAGUUAAACGGCGGAAAAGAGGGCGAUCAGGAAAACUUGGUGGAAAGAGCUGGCUAUGUUUUCGCACGGCAAAGAAAGCCGCUACGCAGCUGCAAAGAGGUAAGACAGCAGAUUAGUAAGCCUGCAUCAGGUUAUUUCUAUAUCCAAGACAACAAAUGUGAAAAGUUUAAAGUCUUUUGCGACUUCACCUCAGAGCCCGGUUGGGCCUGGACUCUAGUUAUGUCAGAAAGCUUACAGAACGUUGGCAAACCUUUUACCCGACGGGGUUUGUUCACAAAUGAGCCAAUGAACCCAGAGGUUCCCAACUGGGAGGCGUACAGGCUUCAAUUAGACCGCAUGAAAGGGUUGAGAUCUGAGUCAACACACUGGCGAAUAACUUGCAGCUUCGAUCCUGCGAGCGUUGUCGACUAUAGAGAUUACGUUCGAGCAAAGUUUACAAACUUCGACUUGUUGACUCACGAGAAUAAGGGUACGAAAACUUGUGAACUCGUUGAUUACAUCAAUGUCCAUGGACACGACUGUAAAAACUGCACUGCAGUUUGGUAUCAGUCUGCUCAGUACAUUUUAACCCACAAAAGCUAUGAAAACCUCUGCGACUUUGCUGGAGCACCUGGGUCCAUUCAAGUUGAUGGCAUUCACAGCGAGCAAAAUUUUGGUCGGUAUGUACUUUACAAUCCUAACUUCCGGUGCACAUCAAAUAGCUCUGCCACAACCAACUACUGGUUUGGUUCACAAGUUUGA